AUGCAGGCUCAGAUGAUGCUCGGGCAAGCGCUCGAUCACUACGCGAUGAUGGACUUUGCCAACCUCGUGCUGGAGCAGUGCUGGGACAUCUGCUACGACAGCCAGCUUACCCGCCCCGAGCUCGCCGGCGGCGAGCUACCCGAUGUCAAGGUGCAGAAGAUGGACGCCUGCGCGCGCAAGUGUGUCGCACGGCACUUUGAGGUGCUCACAUUGCUGUCGGCGACGCGCGAGCUGCGCGAGAAGGAGCGGAUGCAGGGGCUUCCACCUGGCACGCUGACGAGCAUGUAG